AUGAAAACAUCCCUCCUCACCAGCAUCACCCUGGCCUUCUCCGCGGCCAUGGCCGCCCCGUAUCCCACCUUCAACGAAGCCAACGGCGGCCUCGCUCGAGCUGAAAAUGAAGAAGCGACGAAACGAAACGGCGAUAGUCUUGCCAUGGCCAACGGUCCCGCUAUGGCCGACGGUCCUGCUAUGGCCAACGCAGGUAAUGUGCCGCGGGUUGUCAACGUCAGAGAGACCUCCGCUACUAAGCGAGGGGAGAACAUGGCGGACAUGGCCAGCGAACCUGGCAAGCCGUAUAUUGUCGACAUCCCAGACACUUCUGCUGAUAAGAAGGGGGAGAACGUGGCAGAUGUGGCCAAUGCAGCUGAUGUACCGUCUGUUGCCAACAUUCCAGGGGCCCCUGCUAGUAAGCGUGGGGAGAAGGUGGCAGAUAUGGCAGAUGUGGCCAUGAAAGAUGCAUCUGGGUUGGGUACAGAGAGGGAAGAGCAUGGACCGAUCCCUUGA